AUGCAGGAGACUGUUCGACGAGUGGAACCCAUAGCGGCGGGUAACUUGGCUUCUCUAGAGACAUUAGUGACCGCUGCUCAAUGCGGUGUAAAGUACAAGGAAUACGCCUCAAAACUCCGAGCUCUUACAAUUUUGGACUGUCCUAAGAAGGCACAAAUUGGAGUCUACGAAAAACGUCUUAAACCCGGAACCCCACCACACCAGCUCACGACAGUUCUUCCCACAGCCAUCCUGAAAUCUUGCAAAACGGAAAUAGCGAUUUUUCAAAACGGCUGGAAAAGUGAUCACGGUACCCCGAUGCCCCAGCAUGGACUAACUGUUAAGUAUGGAACUAUAAUUUACGAGGUGAAGACGUUGAAUGCCAUGCGUAGAUGGCACGAAGCAAUCACCAACUUCGAGGUGAUUGAGGCCGCUAUAAAGAGAGACAUACUGGGCGAAGGUCUGAUGCAUCUGGAUGAAGUGGCCUCGCACUUAAGGGCCCUGAAUGUCCUGGAUGAAAAGUUUUGGAUCACCUCACUGUACCACACGUCGUGCGUGGAGGAAAGGUGCAUCGACUUUAUGGUCUCCAGUAUGCUGGCUCGGAAUCGCGAUGUGGGCUCUAUUUUUACUAUACCAGCCAAUAUCUUUCGCCUGCCUGUUUACAGCACGGAGGAGAUAUCAGCCUUGGACGUGUGAAGGAGAGUGAAAGAGGCGGCCGAUACUGCAACAGCGGAGAGUGACCAUUUUUGUUUGCUCCAAUUUGUUAUGGGGCGGAGCAUUGGUGUGGGGUGCUAGUUGGGCUGACCGAGAACCAGGUUCUAAUUUACG